AUGUCGUCAAAUCCACUUGAAAAAGUGGCCCCUAAACUUGUGGGAUUGAUCCGUCUUUCUUCGGCUCUAAAUGCUAAGGAUAUUGACUUCUACAAGAGUAUCGAUAAGGGCAUCAAACAGCAUAGUGAAGAGACCAAUGAGGAGAUGAUUACUUUGCUAAAUAAGGUUGUCCAAUCGGCAGUUUCCGCAUCUACAGAUCUGAACCCGAAAGACCUUCUAAUAACAAAUGGUAAUGAUUUAGAGAACAUGAAGGUGGUAGGUAAUGUUCUUGAUUCGCUUUUCGAAAAUGUGGAAAUAGGGUUGGAUGACUACUUCAAGGCUAGACGAAGCGGUAAAGUUACCACCGGCUCCUCUUCAAAUCAGGAUGGAUAUACCUAUUUGGAUGAGACUGAUAGAAAUUCAGCGCAUUCAUUGCCUGAAAAGAUGCAUUAUUCUUCUGUUCCUAAACCACAACUGAAGUUCUUAGAUAAGGUGAAUAAUUUCGAAAUCCAUCCAUUUAAGCCUUUGAUUACUGCUAAACCUAAGUCUGUGGUGCCCUUUGAAGAAAGUAUGAAGCUUAUAACUGCUGCAGAAGACGAUCCAGAGCAUUAUAAUAACCCUUACGCCUAUGAAAUCAUGAAUAUGGAGUACCCAGAAUGGAUCUUUUCCCCUAUUGAGACUCCUUACAUGUCUGUGCCAUGGAAGGGAAGUUCGGCACCCACCUGGGUCGACGAUCCAAGCCAGUUGGAUGAUUUGUUGACGGAAUUGGUUAAAUGUAAGGUGAUAGGUGUGGAUUUGGAGCAUCACGAUUAUAGAACUUAUCACGGUCUCACGUCAUUGAUGCAAAUUUCUACGGACACAAAGAAGGACUACCUUAUAGAUCCUCUAUCGCCUGCAUUAAAGCCUUGUUUGAAUAGGUUGAACGUCGUUUUUGCAGAUCCUAAGAUUAUCAAAGUGUUCCAUGGUGCAUUCAUGGAUAUGAUUUGGUUACAGAGAGAUUUAGGACUAUAUGUCGUCUCUUUAUUUGAUACCUACUGGGCUGCCAAAGAAUUGGCACUAGGAAAAUAUUCGUUAGCGUUCUUACUUGAGAAGUAUGUUCGUUUCAGAACAUCGAAGAAGUGGCAAUUGGCAGAUUGGCGAAUCAGACCAUUGAGUCCCGAGAUGAUGAACUAUGCUAAGGCAGAUACCCAUUUUCUUAUUGAACUUUUUUGCAAAAUUCAGGCUGAUCUAGUGAACAAGCCUGGUGCCCUGCGAAGAGUGUUGUAUGAGUCGCGUAAAGUGUCCAAUAGAAGGUUCGAGUAUUCUACCUACAAACCUUCGAAUGCCACUAACAAAGGUGUGGUGUCCACCAACGGUUCAGUUCCUCUCAGACCUGAAUAUCAGGACCAACUUUUCAGUUUUAACUCGAAUAGAGAUGCGCCUUGGAUAAACCUGAUGCAGAAUAAUGGAUUGCUAAUGUCGAAAGGUCCAAUUGUGGAAGCAUUAUACAAAUGGAGAGAUAAUGAAGCCAGAACUGAAGACGAGUCGCAACGAUUUGUUAUGUCAGACUUUGUUUUGGCAUCUUUGGCCAAUGCUUUCAAUCCGGAGACUAUCGAUCAAAUUACAGAAACCAAUGUUCUUACUGCUAUCAAUCGAUCGGCUAGAUUUGGAUCAAGCUUAUUUGUGAGAAAAUACGUCAAAGAGCUCACAAAACUAAUACGUGAAGUGAUGAAGCAAGUUUUGAAGAUGGACAUAAAAGCAUGGGAUUUUACUACGGGUACCGAUUCUCCGCAGAUGGCUUCUAAUUUGGUAGCCGAUAAGGACGAUGUAUAUGAGUCUAUCAAGGAUGCGGAGAGAUUAGAGGAAGAGUUUGAAGAUUUUUAUUCACAAUACAAGAAGGUAAAUUUUGGAGGUGAUGGCGGCGAGUCAAAAGGUCAUGCCAAAUUUGAGAAGGAGAAGUUAUCCGAUGUCUGGUCGGUCGAGUACGGGAAAAAGUGCAAAUUUGUGAAAGGAACGGAGGUUAAGAAGCGUUUGCACAAGGCCAUUGAGCAUUUGAAAGAAUAUGAAGAACCAGUUCUUGAAGUAAAGGAAGAUGGAGGAGUUGAAAUAGCUGAUAAUGUGAGCGAUGUCGAGGAAGCUGUCGAGGAGAAGGAGGAUGAAACGAACUCUUCCGAUAUUGACGAGAUUAUCACUUUACGUAAGCACAACAAAGGAAAGAACAAGAAACGAGUUGUGGAAGUUGGUGAAGAAGUAAUUGACCUUAAGAAGAAGAUAAUGGAGCCCUUACAGAGGCGCGAUAGAAGAAAGAAAAGGGGUAAGAAGAGAAGCUUUGACCCCUACUCAGCAUCCAGUUCACAGAACCCUGACAUUGCACGCGUUAAGAAGAGAAAGCCCCGGGAUAUCGGUAAAAAUGUGGUGUUUAAAAGAUAG